GAUGUAUGCUGCUGGUGCUAACAUAAAAGUAUAAUAUGCCACACACGCACGCGCGCGCGCGCGCUCGCGUGUCGUUUGAUUUCUCCCCCAGCCUAUUUGCGCCGGUUUAAUCUCCCUAGGCUGUGACGUCACGGCGGCCGCGCGCACUGCCUAUCUGUGCGCGCUCCCGGAUUUUGAAUGCUGCUCGAGAGAAGUCUCCCGUAGCGAGGAGGUGGUGGUGGCGGCGGCUGCGCGCGUGGUCGUGUGCGCUCCAGGGGUCCCCAGGAUCAGCCCGCGUCCCGCUUUAUUCUGGUUUCAGUGCAGAAUGGUGAAAAAUCGAGCGGAGCACGCGCUUAGUUUCGAAGUUCAUUUACCGUGAGCGUGUGUGUGAGUGUGUGAGUGUGCGCGCGCUCGGACAGACCACAGCAGCCGGGCAACACAAACAGCUGCACGAUCGCUUGUUGGUUGUAGCCGAACGCAAAGCUAUUUAUUUUUAUUUUUUGCCACCACCGAGAUGAUCCGAACCAGUUUUAGGGCUUUUAUCGUCGCAGACAAUGAGACUGCAUGGAUCUGGAUUCCUCCUCUGGGUUCCUGCUAAGCCACUGUGACACCAAUAUCUGCAAUUUGUUCAAGACCCAGGCUGCUCCUGCAGUGAGUCAGUAUCAUGGAGGUAGGCAGCGGGGCUGCUGCAGCGGUGGGGAGUACAGCGCUAGGACUGUUCACAGCUACAGGGAGUCAUGACAUCUCUGACAGGGGACUGAGGCCUGGCCGCAACCUGGAAGCCGACGACGUAGUGCCUGAGCUUGCCAGGAGUAUCCACCCCCGGGAGAGGCCUGACUGGGAGGAAACCAUCAGCGCUAUGGCGCGGAGUGCAGAAAUCCCCGAGCUGAGCAGUGAACCGCUGAUCCGCUCAUGCAGCAGCACUGCCAGCAUGAAGGUCAAGAACGUCAAAAGGCUUUCAUUCACCAAGGGCCACUUCCCGAAGUUAGCCGAAUGUGCACAUUUCCACUACGAAAACGUGGACUUCGGGAGCAUACAGCUGAGCCUCGCUGAAGAGCAGAGCGAAGUGAGCCGGAAUGGCCUGGAGCUGAAAGAGCUGGUGUACCUGGUUCAUAUCUACUGUCAGGGACGAAGCUGGAUGGUGAGGCGCAGCUAUGAAGACUUCCGUGUCCUGGACAAACACCUCCAUCUGUGCAUCUAUGACCGGCGUUUUUCCCAGCUCCCAGAGCUGCCUCGAUAUGACAGCAUAAGGGAGAGAGCAGAGGCAGUUUUCCAGAUGCUGAUGGCUUACCUUUCCCGUCUCUCAGCAAUUGCUGAUAACAAGAUAAACUGUGGGCCGGUCCUUACAUGGAUGGAGGUUGACAACAAAGGGAACCGUCUGCUGGUGCAUGAAGAAUCCUCCAUCAACGUUCCAGCCAUUGCAGCUGCCCACGUCAUUAAGCGAUACAUCGCCCAGGCGGCGGACGAGCUGUCGUUUGAGGUGGGAGACAUUGUAUCAGUGAUUGACAUGCCUCCUAAAGAGGAUACCACGUGGUGGAGAGGGAAACAUGGCUUCCAGGUUGGCUUUUUUCCCAGUGAGUGUGUGGAGCUGAUUAACGACAAGGUCCCUCAGUCUGUCACCAACUCAGUGCCAAAACCAGCGUCCCCCUGCUCUGCUCUGCGGCCGGCCUCCUGGAGUCUCUUCCCACCCUAUUUGGAGAUGGCGAGUGUAAAGCAGGACAGUGCAUUGGCACCCGACCCAUUAAACCCCUACAGGCUGAGCUCAGUAUCCAAGAAGCACGGGAAGCUGAUCACGUUCCUGCGCACCUUCAUGAAGUCCAGGCCCACAAAGCAGAAGCUGAAGCAGCGUGGGAUCCUCAGAGAGAGGGUGUUCGGCUGUGACCUGGGAGAGCAUCUCCUCAACUCCGGCCACGAUGUCCCCCAGGUGCUUAAGAGCUGCACAGAGUUCAUUGAGAAGCAUGGAAUUGUGGAUGGAAUGUAUCGGCUCUCUGGGAUCGCAUCCAACAUCCAGAAACUGCGGCAUGAAUUUGAUUCGGAGCAGAUCCCCGAUCUAACCAAAGAUGUUUACAUCCAGGAUAUCCACUGUGUGGGCUCGCUGUGCAAGCUCUAUUUCCGAGAGCUGCCUAACCCACUACUCACCUACCAACUUUAUGAGAAAUUCUCGGAGGCAGUUUCAGCAGCGACAGAUGAGGAGAGGCUAAUCAAAAUACAUGACGUCAUACAGCAGCUGCCUCCGCCACAUUACAGGACCUUGGAAUUUCUAAUGAGGCAUUUGUCACGACUAGCAGCAUUCAGCUAUGUGACCAACAUGCACAGUAAAAAUUUGGCAAUUGUUUGGGCUCCCAACCUACUGAGGUCUAAGCAGAUCGAAUCUGCAUGCUUUAGUGGAACAGCCGCCUUCAUGGAAGUGCGAAUACAGUCGGUUGUGGUUGAGUUCAUCCUGAACCAUGUAGAUGUUCUCUUCAGCCCUAAGCUGAGUUCACUGAUCAGAGAAGGAGCUGGUCACAACUCUUUGUCUCGUCCGAAAUCACUGCUAGUUCCUUCACCUUCCACCAAGUUGCUUACGUUAGAGGAAGCUCAGGCACGCACACAAGCACAAAUCAACUCCCCUGUUACUGCAGAUAGCAAGUACAUUGAAGUGGGAGAAGGUCCUGCUGCCUUACAGGGCAAAUUCCAUACUGUGAUUGAGUUCCCUACCGAAAGAAAAAGGCAGCCUAUUAAAUCAAAGAAGUCACCAGUUGGCAGCUGGCGGUCAUUUUUUAACCUCGGCAAGUCUUCCUCGACUUCUAAGCGCAAACUACACCGUAACCCAAGUGAACCUACUGAACUCAAGGCCAUGGCUUUAGGAGGAAGCAGAGGAGAUACUGGGACACUUCGAUCUGCGAAAAGUGAGGAGUCUCUCAGCUCACUGCACAACGUUGAAGGCGAGUCUAAAGUAUACCGACCGCGCCGGCCACGAUCCAGUAGCGACGCUCUCUCCACAUCCUUUAAUGGCGACCUGAUGGACAGCCGACAGCACUGCAACUCUUACGAUAACAUAGACCACGGAGACAGCGAAGGGGAUGACGGCCCAAUCUGUGUGCCAGCUCUGAUUUCCCCACCACGCUCUACCGACGAUGUGGAUUUGAGCCCUCCUGACAUUGGCAUGGCUUCUUUGGACUUCGACCCUAUGUCUUUCCAAUGCAGUUUGCCCCUGGCAGAAAGUUCUGCCAUUUCCCAUGACACCGAAGCUGUAAAUCUCAAGAGGAGUCCUGGCAGUGCCAGUGACUCAGAGCCUGUCUCACCUGUCAGACCGAAGAUUACUAGCCUCCAGCAGUCUCCUGAUCUCAGUCCAGCCUUUAGAAGUGCUUCUAACUUAUCUGAGAAAUUUAUGUUCCAGUCUUCGGAGAGCUGCGAAAAGUUUGCGGUGCUGCCGCCCUUGCGUAUAUCUCAUCCUACCGAUAACCCCAGACUCAGUAAAGGAGCAGAGAGCCCUGAUCACCAGCCAUUUCCAACUCCUCCUCCAGCUCUCCAAGAUUCCCCAGCCAAGAUUAGCCUGUUGUCCUUUAAAUCCAAUGAUUUGCCUCUUAGUGAAGCUAUUCAGCUGGAGCUUUUUUCCAAAUCUGCUUCAUCUGAGAGUAAAGAGGCAUUAGGGAUAGAUGCAAUACAACAAAUCAAUGCUCAGGAACCACCAGGAGCUCUAGCUCUGGACUCACCAAACAGCACUGCUCCAGUCAGCGCCGUGUCUCUUCUUCCUGCUCCUCCCCCACCAAAGAACACCGCCCGCAUGCUAGCUUUAGCAUUAGCCGAAUCUGCUCAGCAGGCUAGCAUUCUAUCUCAGACGGAAUCCUCUGCACCUCCCACACCUGUUUCACCCAUCGGGCCACAAGAGUUUCUGGAAACCCUUGCCUGGCCACCUCCUCACACCCUUAAACUGCAGACUUCCCACGAAGAAACAGCAGAUGUACCACAAUUUCCUGCUUCUUCCUCUUCAGCUGAUUCCUGCACCAUAAUUGAAACACUAACCCAAUCCGCCAGCAUGCAUCUCAUCCUAGAUGACAGUGAAAAGUCUCCCAAUAUGUCUAAUCGAGAGGACAUUGUGACUUUUGUGGCUCCCAGCAAAGAUGCUUCUCCAACACAACCUGUUCAACCUUUCCCAACACAUAACAGUCCAGAACGGCAGCAGCCUUCCAUCGGCCAGGCGCAAGCCAGCACUGAAACUUCCACAUCUAUCAGCACAUCCACCAAUAGUAGAAAGGAACUUCUAGUCACGCUGCAACCCGCAACCCAACCUAAGGUUCAGAGUCCUGAAAGUGUUUUGCCAAGAGCAACUACAAAACCCCUGGAGCAGCCAGUAGCUGUUCUCCAACCUCAGCGUCAAAUGCCGGUUCAGUCGCAGCCUCAAGCACAGCCUCACCCUCAGUGUCAGCCUCAAGGGCAGUCCAAGAAUGCACGAGUUGCACCUACAACAGCAAAUUCCCCAGAGCAUUCUGGAGAGAGGCCCUGGGAAUCGAUAACGCCUAUAAAUCCUCGAAUGGAAAGUGUUAGCCAUCAUGCUACUCAUGGAAUCACACCUCCACCACCACCACCUCCUGUUCGUUCCAUCGAGAGUAAACUCGCAGCAGCUGCUCUAUGUAAAACCGAAGCUCCCUAUCAUGCUAUGUUGGGAGAGGGGCCUGCAACCCCAUCGUUGGAUGACGCAGUCCCACAUCCUUCACAACGCAAGUCUUCCGUUCAUCUUUCAUCUUAUGUUUACCACUCUAAAGGAGAAACAGGUUUAAUGGAGCCCACUGGAGAGGCCUAUUACCACCAAAGACCUCUCCCUGCUGGGCCAGCUUCCAUGGGUUGCCAUUACCGGCCUGAAAGCGUGCCCCCUCAUUUAUCAUAUCUAACCAAGUCAGAGCACCAGAUUCCUUACAGAGCCCAUGGUGAUGGUCGCUACAAUACAAUUGGACCGAGGUCCUUCCACCAGUCGAUGAAAUCUCGUGAAGCAAUGAGGGGCGAGUAUGUUGCCUCAGGAUCGCUGCAUCGUAGCCACGGUUACAGCUCAGUGGACGGACAUGCCGCGUAUCCGACGAUCCGCAGGGUGCACUCUCUACAUGUCCCACCCACUGCUAUCCGAGCAGCGCCUGUAACUAGAACCGAGGUUCCUCCAGAUGAUGAUCUUUAUUACUACCAGCGCCCGGUCUACCACUGCAAGUCUUACCAACAGCCCUCACAAGCUGACUACCAUGUCACUCAACUGCAGCCGUACUUUGAGAAUGGAAGAGUCCAGUACAGGUACAGCCCUUACUCUGGCACUCAUUCUCUCGAUGUUCCCUACUACGACGCGGACCCUUAUGGCACCGUUCGUUUACGGCAUUACCAUUCGUUCAGUAGCCGUGACACCGGUCCGCAUCUCGGCAGGUCAGGGGCCAAAUCAGGUGGCUAUCACUAUUUGUCACGGCAUGCCAUUCCUGUGAAAGAGCAGACGUUUGUACCCAGGGAAAUCCCCCCCUGCCAUGGCCCGAAGGCUGCCGUUUACUAUGCUUGGGAUCCCGAGGAGGCAGAAAGGCUACGGAUGCAUUCUAUUCGCAGAGAAAGUCGCGCCAGACAAAAGGUAAAAGGCCCCAUCAUGUCACAAUAUGACAACGUGGGGCCCUACAUGCCUGGCGAUAUCGGGGGAGUAGAAGUGCUCCACUUGCGCAGUAAGUCAGAUCCUGGUAAAGCAGUCCUGGUCACUGCUGAAGGUAAAGAUGGGAGAUGCAGUGUAACCCCUGGAGCUCAGCAUGUCUCCAGACAUCUCAUGUCUCCUGACCCAACUGUUCUCAUGUACAUGGAAACUGAGAAACACUGCCAGGGAAAUGGAAUGGGAGACCGAGUUGCAGCGCCGAAACAAACCAGCUCCAGGUCCUACCAGUCCACGCAUUCACAUUUGUCCCAACCUCCACCACGGAGCAUGCCACCUGAAUCAGAAGGUAGUCAUCUUGAAUCCAAGUGUGAGCCAGGAGACAAUCAAAUGAGCAGUAAACAGUGGCAGGAGCACCCCGAGAGCAAAAGCUAUCAAGCCCGGUACGAUCGCACGGAUUCCGAACGGCAUGUCGGCAGAGUCAAUACUGCCAGCGGCAGCGAAGGUGACCAGAAGACGGCCCCCGUGAAACCCGUUCCCCCUCCCAAACCAGAGAGAUCUCAUAGUGUUAGAGAACGGCAGCACUACACCCAGCCUAACCCUCCUCAUGUGCAGAACUCUUUUUCACAACAACUACAAGGACAAAGACAAAGUUCUGUUACUCAACAAUCCCACUAUGAUAAUCUGGACGAUUAUCAUCCAGUACCUCAUUCACAAACCCCAUUGCCAAACCGUGGAGGGUCAAGCUUGUAUGGUACCCCUGGGUACUCGACUUCACACGCUAAUCGCGCAUACUCCACCGCCUUGGGACAGGGAGCUUUUAUCCGAGCUGAGCUUGCAAUGCAGAGGCCUGAAGCAGAGAUUAACGCAGAGUAAAAAACAGACUAAUAGGUUGGGAUUUAAAAUGUCGACUACAGUUUGGAAAAGUUCAUCAGCCUCUGCAGGACAGUGGACUGUUAAGACUGUAUCCAUUUAAUUUCCUCACAUUUUGUAACGUGUAAAGACUUUUUUUUUUUUAUUGAACUGAAUGUACCACGAUUUCUUUAAUAGAGUUUGAAAAAAGAGGCCACAUUGUGACAUUGAGAAAUGUGGAGGUCAUACUGUAGAUAUUGUAUGUGAUUGACAAAUGGUACGAUUACCCGAACCAGAAAAUGUUAUGUAUAUCGGAUAAAAAACAAAAAAACAAAAAAAGCUACUACUGGUUUUAAGGGAAUUUUUUUUAUGUUCUGUUUUGUUAUAAUAGAAUCAUUGGGGGUGGGUCUGAUUUGGGGAUAAAGCUUUGCAUUUUAGAAAUGCAUGUAAUCUAUCUCUUACAGAACAGUUCUGUGUACCUUGAUAUUCAUUGUGUACUUUAAAUGUUACAGUAACGGUGGAGGAGAACGUCGGUGUUAACAUCUCACUCUCCCACGACUCUGUGUACACAACUAGCCAGUGUGUCCAACCUGUGCUUCUCUGCCUUUUGGGUUGGAGACCGAAAAAUGUGCAAUCUCAUUGUUUGUUCUCCAACUGUGCCAUAUAUCACUGUUAUACGACUAUAUAUAUAUAUAUAUAUAUAUAUAUAUAUAUAUAUAUAUAUAUAUAUAUAUAUAUAUAUAUGUGUGUGUGUGUGUGUAUUUUUGCUAUAAAUUUAAUUUCAACAGAUUUUAAUGGUAAGGAUACUGUGUGAAGGACCAAAUGAUGAACGAAGUUUCGUAGUUGAGGAGGCGUUCAUGCAGCUCGCUUGGUUUAACUGAUAAGUUUGAAUGCCAGCAGGUCGAAGCAGGUGAGCUUUGUGUUUCUCCUACUUCAGGAACGAAACGCAAGGCAAACACGUUCCUGACUGUAUGUGCGUGAAGGGGCUUCAGUCAUCCAGGUCAUAGAAUGUGUAGUAGUAAGUGCAUGGAAAGGAGAUGUAGCAUGAUCUUUAGCGACAUUUCUCCACUCAUCUAAAGCGCUUCAUCAAGCGUUCUACUGAGUAGCUGAAAUUUUCCCCGUUUUGGAAUCACACACCACUGGCCGGUCUAGAGGUGAGCCAGCAGUUGAUCACUCAACUCUCAGGUGAUGAUUGCGGAGGUGCCAACAUUAAUUUUAUUUCUAUAGAAUUUAUUUUUGACCUCUUGGCACAAAGUGGAGAAGAGAUCUAAAAAAAAAAACAGAUCCCUUUUUAGCAGCAGUCGUUCUAAACAGCCAGAUAAUUAAAGGAGAAAGUAUAAUAUACAUACCCGUGUGAACCGAUAGAAGCCGAGUCGUGCGAUCGGGGAACAAUUUGGUCCUUAGAAAUCAUUCGAGGAGCUGCGUAUUGUUCUAGAGUUCAUUUCUCUUGCCGAUCCACCUUUUGUGUGAGUUCAGAUUUUCUUGUGUUGGCACCGUUGUAAAAGGAAUGUCUUCAGAAUGACAUCAGCAGUUUUGCAGCUGGUUAGUUUCCUACAGGCAGGCAGGAUAGUGGUUACAGAGGCUUUAACACAUUCGGACGCAUUUUUUUUUCAAUCAGCACCUUGAUACAAACUGUUCUGCAAAUUUUCACCUUUCAAGGCAAAACGUUUUUCGUCACGACCCUUAAGAUGGUCUGUUCAUGUAUUUUUUUACUGUUCAUGCAUCGCUUGUGCUUUACAUGUAUUUCGGAGCACAUGGUCUGUGAGAGACGUGAAGCAAAUGGAACCUGGGCUUGUUUCAGUCAUACCAGAUGCAUGUUUCUAUUUUGUUAAAAUGUUGUAUAAGUGCAAAUUCUCUUCCCCACCCCACCCUACCCCACCCCGUAGCAUUCAUUGUGUUUUACUCUGUAAUUCACGUUAACAGGGUUGGGAUGAACGCUUCAUCUUUUAUACAGUAUGUUUAUGAUUCUAAGUGGUAUUGCCCUGCCUCUCGUACCACAUUUUUGUCAGGUCCCGCCAAUGGUCUUAAUUUUUUUUUUUUUUUUUUCCUUUCAUUUUUAUGGGCACUUUUAUGAUUGAAAUUAACCUGCUUUUUGUUGUUGUUGUCUCUUUUUGGUGUUUUUAGACUGUGAAAAAGAUGGUUGGGUGACUAGAAAAAAAUGUUAAAUAAAAGCUUAUGUAUGCUAUUACAUUUCAA